AUGUCGUCGUCGUCGCCAUCCUCCGCCUCGGCCUCGAGCCGACGUCCGCUUGUUGGCGUCUCGUUCAAAAUGUACUUUGACAUCCCCAAGACCAAGGCAUACGUGGAUGAGACCAUUUCGCUCCUCUCAUCCACCCUUCCUUCGCUCGGCCAACCCAUCGACGUAUUUGUGAUUCCAGACUUUAUCACGCUCACCUCGGUCGCAGCGCAGAUCUGCUCGUCUUCCUCUACGCUGUUGUUGGGAGCGCAAGAUGUACACUCUCACGACUUUGGCGCGUUCACUGGCGAAGUGUCGCCAAAUGUGCUCUCGCAGGUGGGCGUCAAGUUGGUUGAAAUCGGUCACGCCGAACGACGAAGAUACUUUGGCGAAACCGACCAAGACGUUGCCAACAAGGCCGCCGCAAUCGCCAAGAACGGCAUGGUGCCGCUCAUCUGCAUCGGCGAAGUGUCGAGGCCCAAGAACCUCGAUCAGCUGUCCAUCCAGGACGUUGACCUGGUCGUCAACGAGUGCUGGCGACAGAUUCAGCCCGCCUUGGACGCCAUCGAGAGCCAUGUCGACGUCGUACUCGCCUACGAACCCGUUUGGGCCAUCGGCCAGCCGCAACCCGCUUCGCCCGAUUACGUCGUCAAAAUCACAAAGGCGCUCAGGAAGAGAUAUAACAAGGAGUACGUCGAUUCGCACAAAGCCAGGUCAGACGCUUCCUUGCGCAUCCUCUACGGCGGAAGUGCCGGUCCAGGUCUGUUUGCCAACAUUCGCGACGGUGUCGAUGGCUUGUUCUUGGGUAGGUUCGCUCAUCAACCCCAGGCUUUUAUCGAUACCAUCAAGGAAAUCGCCGGUACAAACUAG